UAUUAAAAAAAGAAGAUCAAAUCCUUCUUUUUUGGUUGUUACAAUUGAUUUAUAAAUUAAAAAAAAAACAAGUAACUGAUAAAAUAGUAGUGAUGGGGAGGGGAAGAGUGGAGCUGAGAAGGAUAGAGAACAAGAUAAAUCGGCAGGUGACUUUUGCAAAGAGAAGAAAUGGAUUGUUAAAGAAGGCUUAUGAGCUCUCAGUUUUAUGUGAAGCUGAGGUUGCUCUUAUCAUCUUCUCUAGCCGUGGCAAACUCUAUGAGUUCUCAAGCAUUUCCAAUGUUGCCAAGACAAUUGACAAGUACGAAAAGUAUAGUUUUGGAGCUCUGGAAGCAAACCAACCAGCUCACGAUACUGAGAGCAACUACCACGAAUACUUACAGCUUAAAUCAAAAUAUGAGCACCUACAACACUCACAGAGACAACUUCUUGGUGAAGAUAUAGGAGACUUGGGGAUAGCAGAGCUUGAACGGCUUGAGCGGCAGCUGGACAUUUCAGUGGGGCAAGUCAGGUCACUCAAGACCCAGUCCCAGCUUGAUCGGCUUUCUGAACUCCAAAGGAAGGAAGAAAUGUUAAUGGAAACCAACGUUGUCUUAAAGAGGAAGUUGGAAGAAAUUGAUGUAGCACUUAAAUCAUGGGAAACUGGCGAACAAAGCUUCACCUACAGCCAUAAACCUGCUCAGUAUGAGCCUUCUAUCCAUCCUUUACACGGCAAUGGCACAUUGCAGAUGGGUUGCAGUUCUGGUGGGGUUACACAUGAGGGAACUGCGGCUACUUCACCCCAAGAUGCGAAUGGACUGAUUCCAGAGUGGGUGCUUUGAGUUUGCAAGUAGUGUUGAAAAAAUCAACAAUUCUUAAUGAAAGCAAAUAAUAUAAGAGAAUAAGUAUCUGUCAACCUCGACUGUUGUUACGAAAGAAUGAUAAUUGGCAGUUGCUGAAGAACCUUCUGUAAUAAAGGGUAUGUAAAUGCAAUUUAUAUUAAUACUUAAAACAACCAAUAUGCUUCUUGUUCUUGUAGUCUACAUAUAUACCUAUGUAAUUACUGUUAUCUUUGAAUAACAACUCUUUAUAAUAGAGUGGUAUGUGAUGUGUGUAUUGAACCAAUAUUGGAUUUUGAGGGGAGUU